UGGGUGUGUGUGUGAAGUGCUUUAGGCGUUGGGGCAUGUGAGUGUGUGUGUGGACCCUUUGGUUGGGGUGCAUAUGUGUGUAAAGCUCUGUGCGUGUGUAUAUUAAGUGCUUUGCUUAUUGGGCAGAUGCGUGAAGCGCUUCUGAUCUCUGGGUUGCAUGUGUGAAGUACUUUGGUCGUUGGGUGCAUGUGUGUAAAGGCUGUUGUGGUGUGUGGAGUGCUUGGUUGUCGGGGUGGGCGUUGUGUGUCUGUGGGUGUAAAGAGCUUUUGGGGUUGGAUGCGGAUAGGUGAAGUGGCUCAUUUGUUAGUAUGUGGGUAUGAAGUGGUUUGGUUGGUGAGGGGUUCAUGUGUAGUCCUUAGGUUGUGUAAGUGUGUGUGUGCAUGCGUGCGUGCGUGUGUGAGAGGGAAGCGCUAUGUUUGCUGGGUGCAUACGUGUUACAUGCGUGAGUAGCUGCUUUCCUCUUACCCCAGUUAAACCCCGACAGAUGCUUAAAUGCUGAUACAUGGAAAAUGAAUUUCGGAGCAAACCAUCUUCCCAGGCAGGGACCCUGGAUCCUCUAACACCCAGCAAUGAAAUGAAAACCCCAAGAAGGAGUUACCACCCCACUCAUAGAGGAAGACACCAGUGCAGAGAGAGGUUGGAUCACUCACCAAAGCCACACAGGACGUGGCAGAGCUGGAAUGUGAACCCAGGGUCAUCUCAGGCUGGCUGCAUGCCUCAGCUGAAGAUCCCAGCUCCUGUCAAUGCCACCUCUCCGCUUGACUGUCUCCUUCCAGACUCGAGCAGGUAUGAGCUGGGAAGAAUGCAGGCAGGGCAUGCCCGUGUGCCAGUUCUGCACAGCUGGAGAGAUGAGGCAAGACGUGGAGGAGAAGCCGGGGAUUGUCUGGAAGUCUAAGGGUGUUGUUUGCCCCUUGGGCUGCAGAAGAUGCAUGCCAGGACCUGGGGUGGCACCACCAGGAAGCAACAGAGAGGAGAUAAAACUCACAGCAGACAGAUUUGCCUUAACAACAACUGUCUUGAAUUAAAACACGCUUUUCAAGAAAACAAAUAUCAGUUCAAUCAGCAAAUAGCAGAGAAGUUUCUCAUCAUAAAGGCAAAGAAGGGCCCAGUUGCUGACCAGUGUAAGAGCUUCAGAAGAGGAGAGGGGAGAUGAGAUGGCCAGAAGGAGCAAGAGCACCAUACAUCCCUGGACAACCUCAUUCUAAUGGGUCAGGAACUGGGACGUGCAUUUUGGAGUGCAGGAGAAGUGGCAACUCACAAAUGCUAGAUUUUCUUCUAGAGAUGACCAAGCUGUAGUUCUCAAAGCAGUGGCACUAGGACAGAAAACUCUCACACUUUGACAUGCACACACAGCCCCUGGGGAUCUCGUUAACAUGUAGAUUCUGAUUCCGUAGGUCGGGCUGAAAUUCUGCAUUUCCAACAAGCUCCUAGAUGAGGUCCAUUUUGCUGGUCCAUGAAUCACACUUAGGAUAAGUAGCAAGGCAUAGGAGGAUACUGACUUUGCUCAGUGAUGCUUGUGCUUCCCUCCAAACUAAAAUAAAACAAAAGCAGAUAUCAAUGGCCCAAUUCAA